UAUCAUUUGUAAGCAUCCAGUGCCGCUUAUCUCGGCAGGCAAACAACAAUGCCGCACAUCGGGCUUAUGUGGACUAGGCCGAGUCCCAUUUUCGGCAACUUUAUUCGUUCUUCUCGGCAAGUUACCGCGUAGUAGUAGCGAAUCGCGAUAAAGGCGAUUGCCUGUUAAGGUGCUCUUUGCGUCAGGUGAACCUUGUGAUUAGUUACGCAACUUUGCAGGUAAUCUGGACCAGAUUUUGGAUCCGAAAUUCACACUUAGCGACUACCAAAUCACCGAAAUCUACGUGGUGGCCAAAGGCACCACGAACUUGAACCAGGCCUUUUCCGCUGCCGACAUCAUGGUGCUGCGGAAAGAAGAAGAGCGCAAGCAGAUGCACAACAAGGCCGGAGGCGGCGUCUUCAAUCUCAUCUUCAAGCGGGGAAAAUCGAGCAUGGGUUCCGGCUCGGUAUCCAGCGACAAUCGAUCGAUUUCGCCCACUCAAAGCGACGACUCCCGAUCGGUGACUCCACCGGUGGUUCAGCCGCCCCCCGAGCGGCCGAAGCCGCCCCAAAGGAAAAGGCGGCCCGCGCCCAAGCCGCCCCAGGCGCCCGAGGCCUCUUCCACCAAGAAAACAAUCGACAACGGACUGACUAUCUGCCAUUCCCGGAAUAGCAGCGAUAGUUCCGGUUACCACGAGGCGUCUAUUUUGAGCGACCAUUGCGCCAACGCCUCCCUGCCCAGAAUGCGCCCCAAGUCCGCCUUUGUGGGCGAUUUGGUGACUGCUCAGGGUUCCUCCAACUUGAACACGAUGGUUCCACAUUCCCGCUCUACUACCAGCUUAGUAACAGGUGAGCCCGGUUUAAGCCCCCGCUUAGCGGGUUUAAACUACCGAUUUAAUUGCGGGCGUUUGGAAGCAGGAUUUAGACGGUAAAAUUUAAAAGUUGUU